GUUGGGCUUGAGGACUAAGGAGCGGCGGAUUGGCUGGCCGUGCCGCCAUUGAAGGCGCCACAAGAGGGCGGGGUGCAAAGGCAGUUACAAUAGUUGGAAACUGUCGAACGCGAGAGCGUGCCUGAGGUGUAUGGCAAAGAAGAGAGUCGGAAGGGUGAAGUGUUCAGAUUUGAUACCUUCAGCAUUAUGGAUUUAAUUUCCCCUGUACCUCAAAAUCAAAGAGGUGUUCUGGCAAAGAUGGUACCCUUUAGUUUUCCUCCAUCAAAAUGUGCACUUUGGAAUCCGUCUCCAACUGGGGAAAGUUCAGUCUCUCACCUGACUUACUAUAGAAACCUUAAGUUAAACAUGACUGAGAAAACACUACGACUUGCCCAUCGUCAUGCAAAACAAAGUCGAAGAAACCCCUUCACCUGUUUUCUAGUUGGAACUCUUGAGGUAGAUGAAGAUGGUGAAGGCGUAUUGUUAAUAGUAGACCGUUUUGAUCCGGGUCGUCAAGUAGGUGGUGGCUUGGAGAAAAUACCAACAGCCCUUCUUCCUGGAGAUUUUUUGAUUCCAUGUACAAUUUAUUUAGGCUCUUCUUUGGGUGACGUUACAGUGCACAACUCUCAAGAUUUCAACUUGGCUUUUAAGGUAAUUCAUCAAAAUCUAAUCAGCCAAGAUGGUCUGGAUCCUUCCAAAUUGGUGACAUUGAAAGUUCAUAUGUCAUCAAUAGAGAAUAUGGACAACCUAAAUUUCGAGUUUCAUUGGGCAGCUGUAACAGUGGCCAAUGCCUUGAAAUGCACUCCAGUGAAGUCUGUUCCAAUAAUUCCAACAGCUCUUGCUAGAAACUUAAGCAGCCACAUGAAUAUUGCACAAGUUCAGGGAACUUGCAAGUGUGGGUAUCUUACGAUGGACCAGACAAGGAAAUUACUUCUGGUUCUGGAAUCUGACCCCAAAGCAUAUACUUUGCCAUUGGUAGGCAUUUGGCUGAGUGGAAUAUCUCACAUCUAUAGUCCACAUGUCUGGGCCUUCUGUCUGCGCUAUUUAUUUAGCUCUUUAAUUCAAGAGAGGGUACCUUCCGAAUCGGGCAGCUUUCUUGUUGUGCUUUAUUCUCUGAAGCAUAAUGGUCCAGAAUUCUAUGAAUGCUCUCUUUGUGAUGGACAUACUGAGCUAGGUUUCCAGCUACUUACAAGCAAGGAAACACUGCAUUUGUUCAAAAAUGUGGAGCCUUCAGGUAAAUGUCCUAUCCAGUUUGAACUGAGCUCAAAAAAUAAAAAUGCAGAAAUGGAAUUCUUCAGCAAAAUUUUGAAAAAUGUUUCCAUUGACAGCCUGUCUCAAAGUACGCCUCCCAACAAACUGUCUGUUAGUGAUCAUGACUCUGGUGUGGAAGAUGAUACAUCCCCAAGACUAUUUCCUAGUCCUCAUCCAGUGAGUCAACAGAUAACAGAGAUCCAACCUUCAGUACCAGAACUUUCAAUUGUAUUUGAUGGCACUUCUGCAGAAACAGUUUCAACACCAAAACAUGUCAUGUUUGUGGAUAAAAAAAACAAGCCUCCUUGUGAAUAUCAACCGGAUAAGAUGGCAUGCCCAGAAAAGCACUCAUCCUGCCAUUAUCAGAAUUCAGAUACUGGCAAAGCAUUACUUGGUGGCUUUACCAGAGAAUCUCUUCAAAGACCAUUAAAACAAAGAAUUCCAAUUUUAAAGCCUUGUAAGGGAAUGCAACCUUCAUUACAAAAGCAGCCUGAUACAGUAGGGUCUCAAGCAAGGAAGAGUUUUGAGUCUUCUUCACCCCCUUCUUCUUCAGAACUUUGUGGUGGACCAUCUUCCAACACAUCUUCGCAUCAGCUUGGAAAACCUAUUGAGACAUACUUAGGAGGUCAGGAUCUUACACAAAGGAAAGGAGAACUUUCUGUUAAUGGACCCUUUGAAUUUCAAUCUAAGCAGUCUCCUGUAUGCUCACAGCCUUUGUGUCAUAGCUGUGGGCUGUCUCCUCCACAUUUGAAAAGCCCAUUGGAGCUUCAGAUUCCACUUCAGCAUCCGCAUUGCUGCCCUCCCUUUGUCUGCAGUUGUCAGUUACACAGCCAUAUGCAAUACACUCCAACAAAUGCUUGGCAAGGGAUGUAUAGAAUGUCUUCCGAUCACACCCCUGAAAUCCGGUCAAGUAGCACCCAAGAAGCUACACAGUCAAUCCUCCAUCAAAACAUGGAAUGUACAGAUCCUGGCUGCGAUCUAGUACGUGCCACCGGUAGUCCUAGGAGCCUAGGCCAUUGUGGAGUAACAGGGCAUUGUUCUCAGAAUGAUCAUUUGACAGCAACACUCAGUACUUCUUCUCCGAAAGAUCCUUGCAGUGCACAGUCCCAUGCAGUAUGUUCGCUUUGUAUGCACCCUCCUGCACCAAAAAUGAGAUCAGAUAAUGAAAUGAUGGGAUUAUCUUCAGAUGUUUACAGAAUUCUUACUGAACAAGACAAGCAGAUCAAGCUGCUACAAGUUCAGAUCCAGCGGCUUUUAGAAGCACAGACUCUUCACUCUUGUUCCACUAAGACUAUAUCAAGCAGUAGUUUACAGUCUGAGAAGCAGCUAGAAUUUGUUGCCAUGGAAACCCAAUCCUCCCCAGUGUUACACAUGAAAAAAAGUGUCAGCAUUGCAGUGAGCACAGGUGCUAGCUUGUAUCUGAAUGCCCCAUUGGAGAGAAACAAAGAUUCUGUGGCACAGGAUGAUGUUGAAAUUUCCAAUGAAGAUCUCAACAUUUCUAUGAACUCUGAAAAAGACGGGAGUCAGACAAGCAUUGCCUCUUCAUUAAAGGUUGUUGAUAUACCCAGCUUUGUAGAUAGUGUUCAUGUAGAUGAAGAAGGACCUAAUCAACAUUCUCCUGGACUUAGCGGGCCAGGUCCUUCAGGGAUGGCCCAAACCUCUCUACUGAAUGAAAGUGUUAGUAUGUGCAUGCAGCCCAGAUCAUCAGAAGGAAUUGGCAAUCAUUUGGUAACAAUUAAUGAACAAAAUGCUGAAAAGGUUGUCACUCACCUGCCAACUGUCCCACCAGAUGAUCAAAAAUUUUACCAGGACAUCUUAGGCCAAGUAAACCAUUUCUUGAAGGCAUCUUCUGAAGCAAACAGUUCCUCUGGAAAAGAAGAUGUAAUAAGCAAUGAAUGUAGCACUUCUUCAAAAUCGAGUAAACCUAAAAGAGAGUCAGCACCUGACCCUGUCCCAAAAGAUCAAGAUAGUGUUUUGAAUGCAACCUUGAAGCAGUUAAAAAAACUUGGAGUGAAUUUUGACUCUCCUCAUAAGAUGAACAGUGCUCACAAAAUUGAGAAUGCCAGUAUAAUGGCCUGUAUUCAUCCUGAAGCUGUAAUUCCAGGGCUAAACUACAUCUCAUUUGCUAAUGUUGGCAUGAGUGGCUUAACUCCCAAUGGUGUGGAUCUGAGUAUGGAGGCAAAUGCUAUUGCUCUCAAAUACUUAAGUGAAAGUCAACUGUCGCAACUUUCUCUGAGUCGCUCAAGUCAAAGGGAAUCUGUGGCUUCAUCUUUACAGACUCUCCUGCACACUAAUACAGACAAGACCUUGGUGGGUUUUGGCUUAAUUUCCCCAAGUAAUAUGUCUUUUGCAACCAGGAAGUACAUGAGGAAGUAUGGGCUCUUACAAAGCUGUGAUAGUAGUGAUGAUGAUGGUGAACAAGUGACUGAUGACUACAGAAGAGAAGAAUAUUUAAAACCUGUCCUACACCUGGAUUUCAACCCUGCUAUAGACAGUUUAGCCAGCUCGAAAGACCCUUCUGAAAGAACUGAGAGGAAAGAAGUUCCUUUUGAUCGCACACACUGUGGCACUGAACAGUCUAGUGGUCAUAUAUUAAACUCAGAAGGCCCCAUGAUCAGAAAUGUUACAAACGCAGUCCUCCCAGUCAGAAUCCUGCAUUCGUCAAAUGGAAGUUCAGAAACUUCCAUUUUAAGAGACUUAAGGCCAAAAAUGAAACGUCUACCUGGAAAAGCAGAGUUUACACAGCACCCUGACAAAGAGCAUUUGAAUGCUCAAAUGGUAUCUGAAACUUCACAAACUCCUGUUGUCGGUCAAUUAAACCAAGCAGGCAACAUGAAUUCAGUGGGUACUUUUCUUGAUGUACAGCAACUCAGACAGUUGCCAAAAUUAUUGUGACCUUUGGUGUAUUGCUGCGUCUUUGCAGGACUUUUCAAUAUCAGUUUUAUCAUGGUUUGGCAGAAUCCAAAAACUCUGUUGGCUACGGAUCUCUUUGAGAGAUGUUUCCAUUUCAUUUUGGUCAAUCUGAUUGCCUUGUAUGACUUGCUUAGCUGUUACACGAAAGACGUGUUUACAUAUUUGUGACACAUUUCCAAGUGCCUUUACCUAUUGUGAGAGUGAUUAAUUGUGUGGUGUGAUGUGUGGUUUUUUAACAGAAUUUGACUUGUGAGUUUACUCGAAGGGGACAAGGUGCAACAAUUGGUGUUGAAGCACACAGUCUGUGUUUCUUACUCUGUCUUUUUGGGUUCACUUAAGCAUUAAAAUAAUGCAUUUCAUUUUAUAGCAUUACUUCUUUGGAAUUUGAAAUCAAAUGUGAAAGUGACUAUUAUCAAAUGUGAUCAUGAAGAAAACCAACUCAGUAACUGUUUCUCAUAUCUUGUGUUUUGUUUUUGUAUCAUAAAAUGUUUCAUGAAUUCAUGAUUAGUUCAACUGGACUGUCCAAAUAAAAUGUACCAUUUCUUUUAAUUUAUAAACUUGUUAAAAGCAGAUUUUUUAAAAAGAUGUAUCUUUUAUUUGCCUGAACUGGUAAUUAUCGGUUAUCAAAAUAAUUUUGAAUCAUCUGCAGAGAGGACUCCAUUAGGAGCCUCCUGUGUGUACCAGAAGUCUGGCCAAAGGUCCAUAAACAGUGUCACAACACUUGUAUCCAUUGGGGCUCUUCAGCUACACUACUGGUAUACCUGGGGAUGGUUAGGAGAAGGAAGAACUGUUGGUUAGAUGACUGGAUCUUCUCUGUGUGUCAAGUGACUGGACAUGCAAAUGCAUUCCUGUACCAUUGAAAUUUGGGCUUCCAGACUCAGGGUUUAAUCCAGCUGCAUUUCUUGAAAAGUGUCCUUAUUCCCUGAUUGGCUUUUGAUUGCCUAACUCAACCAACUAACUCAAGUUCAGAAAAAGCACCUCUCGCUUAGUUAUGCUUCAGUUUCCUGUGCCACCCUCAUGCUCAUUAUUAAUAACAAAACAGCUCAUUUGGAUUUAGAUGGGGGGGAAAUGAAAUGGGUAUCACCAUAUACUACACCCUAUAGGAAUAUGACUAUUCAAGGAGUCCACUAACGAGAGGUACUCUUUCUGAACUUGAGUUAGCUGAUACAUUAUAAGCAAUCAAAAGCCGAUCAAGGCAUAAGGACUUUUCCAAAGAAAUGCAGGUUUGUCGCUUGGGUGUACUCCUGGAUUCAGCCCUGAGUCUGGAGGCCCAAGUUUCAAUGGUAACCACUCGUACAUUUAAGCCUUGUGUGCCAACUAUAUCAAUUUCUUGAGAUGUCAGAUCAAAUUGAUGGUGGCAUACAUUAGAUACAUCAUGUUAGAACAUCUAUAAUGCUUUCUACGUGAGACUGCCUUUGAAAAGUGCUCAGAGAUGUCAUCUGGUCUCAAGAGCUACAGCCGUGCUUUUGGAUGGGCUUUAUUGCAAGAUACAUGCAACUCAGUUGUUAGAACAAUUCUGCAAGGCUGUUUCUUGGCACAAUUCAAAUAUCUACUUCUGGCCUAUAACAUCCUUUAGGAUAUGUGCAGGUCAUCUGAAGAACAGGCUCUUUUGUUUCAUCUACACUAAAACGAAUGCAGUUUGGCACCAUCUUAACUGUCAUGGCUCAAUGCAAUGAAAUCCUGGGAGUUGUAGUUUUACAAGAUCUUUAGCCUUCUCUGACAAUGGUUUCUGGUGCCUCACAUAAUUACAAAUCUCAGGAUUCCAUAGCAUGGUGUCAUGACAGUUAAACUGGUAUUAAACUGUAUUAAUUCUGGAUUGUAAUUGCAGCUCAUGCAUCAGUUUGUCCAGGGAGGCCUUUUUUCUUAGUCCUGCCACUGGUAUUAAAAUCAGAGGGCAUUCUGAGUGGUUACUCCUAGCAUUGGAAGUCCAGACUGUCUUUCUUCUUCCUGUCUUGUUAGCAAGUGAGCACUUCAUUAUUCUGACAGCUUUUUUCUGGUAUUGUACUGUUUGUAUUUGCUUUUAUUGGUUAUAUAUUUUAAUUCUAUAAAUUAAUUAUGUUUUAAUAAAGCUUUAUAUUUUUA